UGGGGAUCAAUUGUGCCUGGCCCAUUACGCUGUGUCUCGACCCAUCCAUCCCGAUCAGUUCACCGUAACAGACCCUCAAUUUCCCACCCACUCUUCCACAAAGAAAAUAGAACAAAACAUCUCUUCAGCGCGUCAUUGUUCCCCCCUUCUUUUGAUCUCUUCUCACCAUGUCCUCUACUGAGACGCAAUUCGGAAACAUGUCGACUACUGUUCUUGUCACUGGUGCUACCGGCCUUCUGGGCCGACAGGUAUUCAAUACCUUCAAGCACUCCGGCUGUCUGGUCGUUGGUCAAGGCUAUAGCAGAGCCAUACCUCCCACGAUACAGAAGGCCGAUUUGGAAAAGGAGGAGGACAUUAAGAAUCUAUUGAACGAAGCGAAACCUCAGAUUGUCAUCCAUUGUGCCGCAAACCGUUUCCCCGACCUGUGCGACCAGAACCCGGACCAGGCGCGUCGGGUCAACGUUGACGCCACCCGCAUCCUCGCAGAAGAGACCGCCCGCCGUGGUGCCCUGCUGGUCUACAUCUCGACCGACUAUGUCUUCCCCGGUAAGGAGGGAGAGGCUCCCUACGAAGCCGACGCGCAGACCAACCCGCCCAACCUCUACGGGCAGUUCAAGCGGGAUGGCGAGGUGGCCGUGCUGGAAGCCACCAAGGACACCGGGCUAGGAAUCGUGCUGCGGGUGCCCGUGCUGUAUGGGACUGCUAAGGAGAACUCGGAGAGCGCCGUUAACACCCUAAUCGAUGCGGUGUACAAGGCGCAAGAUGAGAACGCGGGGGUGAAGAUGGACGACUGGGCCCAGCGCUAUCCCACCAACACUGAAGACGUUGCACGAGUGUGCCGUGACAUUGUAAUCAAGUACGUCAAGGAGCGGCAGCGCAUCCAGGAGCUUCCCAAGAUCCUGCAAUUCUCAUCGGAGGACCGGAUGACCAAGUACGAGAUCUGUGAAAAGCUGGCGGAUGUGCUCGGACUGUCCCUGGUUGGAAUGGUGCGGAACAAGCAAGGAAACGACCCGAAUGCGAGUGUGCAGCGGCCCUACGACACUCACCUGUCGACCAAAGCGCUGAAAGAGCUCGGCAUUGAUCUCCGGACGGUUGACUUUGUGUCGUGGUGGCGGAAACACUUGGGAGCGUACAAGCAUUAAAUUGAGUGAAAAUAAAUUUAGUCUACUACUAGUAUGGAGCCCCAUGCUGCGCAAAUUGUCUAGCAUGAAAUCAUGCGCACUGCUUGGUGUCUGAAACAAAAUGAAACAACCGAUGAUCAUCCCGGGGAACGGAUCUAGCUAAGGUGUGUAGAGUAGGAGCUGCUGUAGUCUAUUGUUGAUAUAUUGGAUGUUUAAUCCGCGGUGGGUCGCACCCGAUACAGC